UUUUUUUCUUUUUGGCAGUAAGAAAGCUCCUGUCAACUGAAAUCAGCAAGUUACCAAAUUCUCAGGACAAUAAAAAUGGAAAAUGGAACAGUUUUCAACGUGUUUGGACUCCCCUUGAACGUUGUACUGAGAUAGGUUUAUCUGUCUGCACUACGGCAGAACAAGACUAUAAAAUGACGUUUCUUAGUUUGGGACUUCAUUGAAAGGACAAAAAUAUGGCGGCAGGACUAGGCAACAGUUCACUUGCAAAUGACAACAUUUUUUGUCAGCCCUGUAAAGGUGAAGGUGAAAUCAAGGACGCAUAUGGGUACUGUCAGAAGUGUCAGGAAUACAUGUGUCGAGAUUGCAUCAAAUACGUUCACAGAAUGUCAAAAAACAAGGGUCAUUAUAUUCUUACAGGAGAACAAAUGCCUUCAACACUACCAGAAAGAGAUGACCAGGGCUCAGCCGAAGAAUAUUCAGAAACGUGCAAGAUACACACCAACGAGACUUUAAAGUUCUUCUGUCCUGACCACGAGGCAUUUGAAUGUGGAGUGUGUAUUGUACUUGAUCACCGGGCGUGUUCGGUUCAGUUCGUUCCAGAUGCCGCUAAAGGGUUCAGCAAUACUCCUGAAUAUAAAGAUCAAAUACACAUGCUUGAAGAGAUACAAAACGAUAUCCAAACUUGUGUAGAUACAGUUGAAGAAAGAUCAGCCUCUGCAAAUGAUGUCCAUUUAGUUGCUCUUGGUGAUCUCAAGAAGUUUAGAAAAGAAAUAAAUGAGUACCUGGAUGAAACAGAAAGGGAUAUUGAGUCAUCUGCUGAACAUCUGAAGGAUGGAGUUGAUGAAAAGAUAGGAGAACUGAGGAACAAAUAUGUUGAAAUAAAAGGUAGAGCUGAUAAAUCUAAACAAACCAUUGACCUUGCAUCAAGUGAUGAAGUACGGCUGUUUAUGACAUCAAAAAGGUCAGGGAAAGAUAUUGAAAGGUUAAAGCUGUCAGUUGACAAACUAAAGAAGACUUGUCAGCUUGACGAUUUGAGAUAUAAGUUCAAACCAAGUUCUAUAUUUGAGAAAAUACUGAUUUUGAAAAGGAAGUUUGGCAAAAUGACUGUCACGACUGAAGAAGAAAAUGAUGCUGAAAGAGAUACAAAUGAGGAUGAGUUAGAUCUAAUUGAAGAUGAAAAUGGUCAAAUAGAAGGAGAUCUUAUUGCUUCUGGAAAAACGUCUUUUUGCCCAUCUGGCUUAAAAGAUAUUUUGGUUAUCAGUGAUGAUGACGUAUACGAACAAACUAACAAAUGGUGUCAAGAGUGCAAAUCAUAUAUCUGUUUGAGAACGUUUGGCGAAAUUCAUUUUAAGGAAACCCAUAUCAAACGUGUACAGUACCCGACUUGCAAUAUAGUAGGUAUGGCUGUGCCUUCCCCCGGAUAUAUUGUAGUUGCGGACAACCAGUGUCGCUCAGUGAAGUUAGUUGAUACUUCCAAUAGCAAAGUUUUGGCUAGAUACUCCACUGCCUCUUAUCCAAUGUACGGUGACCUGCCAUAUGAUGUAACGGUAGUUUCAAAUGAAAAGAUUGCAGUUAUUUAUAGUGGAGAUAGCACCGGCUAUCUACGCAUUAUAUCCGCAGAAAAUAACAGUUUGGCUAUACUUUGCCAGGUUAUUAUUCCAACUUUCGGAUAUGUUUUCUACAACAAUUGUCAAUUCUAUUUGUCGUCUGCAUCUUGCAUCAGUGUCCGAGAUGAUAAAAUCAAAGAUGCACAGAUUAGAAAUUUUGAAAUCAAAGGCAAUGCCAGUUCUAGAAAGCCUGUAUUGAGCGUAUCUGAUGGCAAUGUGUUUUACAUCCCGGACUAUGCUAGCUGGAACAGUUACACUCUUAGAAAGGUAUCUUUAGAUGGAACAAUUUUGUCUACUUAUACGGACUGGGACUUUCAAACGCCAGGAGUCGUAACAUCUGUCGGGGACGGAACAAUUCUGCUUUACAUCAAUGAUAAACAGGAACUCUUUCUAAUGUCGGAGAACUGUGAGAUGAUAAAAAGUGUGAUGAAGUUCAAAGAAGAAGAUGGGAUCAAAAAUAUAACGACAAUGACUUUCUGUUCAGAAACCAAGACCCUCUUUGUGGGUGAAAAUAAUUCCUCAACUAUCAAAGCUAUACAUUUUACAUAGAUUGACAGUAGAUUGAAGUAAAAAUAGAAUUGGACAGGAAUAAAGAAUUCAAUGUGGAAAAUGGUUACAAAGAGAUUUGUUUAUAUGUUUUAAACAUAUCUUUGUUGUUUGACAUUUUAAUGAAUGAUAUACUGACUUGGAGAUUAAAGGGCAGCAAUAAAGUUUACGUAGAUUGUCAGGAGAUAUGAUAUAGAAUUAAUAAGAACUUGAUUGAAAAAUUUGAAAAUAUGAUUUCCAAGAGACGUGUUUUAUGUUUUAAACAUAACUUUGUUGUUUGACGUUAAAAUGUAUGACAAUGUAUCAUGUUCAAAUAAGUUCUUUAUAAAAUGUUUGUAACAAAUACACAACAUUAAUUUGACUAUAUUUCAGAAAUGAGUAUUAUAAAUGUUGUACGUGUAAGCUAUGUACUGUACAUGUACUAAAUUAUAUACACACCGAAAACCAAGUUAUUAGAAUGAGGUUAUCAUUGGGUUAGUUGGCUUCAAACUGGUGUUUCGCCCUUAUUAACUUUGGAUAGAAAUGUAUUAUUAUAAAUGAGUAAACUUGGUAUGUAAGAAAUACUAGAAAUCUCCGAUGGAAGCGUACCUUGGGGUUGCAUUUUCGGUUUAAAAAGCUAGUCAAGCUCACAACUACAAAAUGUUCAAAAAUAGAUAAACAGUUACCACUUUAUACAUUGGUGUUAAGAAAAAUUGAUGAAACUUGGUUUGUAGCAACCUUGUUUGAGGGCAUACCUUUAAUUUCAUUUGGGGUCAAGGUUAAGGUCACUGCUAUACAUUUUUUGCAACUACAAGUAGUUGUUAUAUCUAUUUAUACUAGAUUUCCUAAUAUUCCACAAUGAUAAACAAGUAUACGUCUUUAAAGCUUCAAAGUGCUCUAGAUACCAUUGUGUAAAAAUAAGUACAGUGUCAUCUACAUUCGUUAAUUCAUGUUUGGAAGUGGUAAAUGAUUUUGUGAUUGUAAACUUUAUUGUACAUAAUUUGUAUUGCUUAAUUGAAAUAGGAUAAUCAUUGUGACUUUUUUUAUGUAUACAUUAAAUAUGAAUAAUAUGAAUAAUUAUGGUGCUACCAACUUGGAGGAAAUCAGGGAAAAUAAUAUUAUAAAUAUCAUAUUCAAUUUAUGGGAAUGUUAAUAAUAUUGAUCAUAAAUACAAUACAAUAAAACAUGCCUUGAAUGUAUAUAUAGGACAUAACUAUAAAUAAUUUAGCGCAGUAGCAUAAAAAACUAAACAUCAAAUUGAUAUGCGACCGAAGCGUGUUAUAUCUCAGCAAAUAUUUUGUUAUUGUUGAUGCGAUUUCAUUUAAACUUCGCAUAAUUGUAGAGCAAUCAAACUUCCCAUAAUUGCAUAAAACCAUGAGAAACAAAGCAAUACGUUAUAUCUCAGCCUUUACAGUAUACACCCAGAUUAAUAUUGUUGUGUUCGUCGCAUUGCGUCACGUCCCAAAAAUUUUGUGUCAUAUGUAGCUUCAGCAUUUUUGUACCUACACACAUGAACCUUCAAAGGCAUGUUGGUCGGCAUAUGCUAUUAUUUACCUGCCAUUUAUGUCACAUUUCACUCAGUUAGCAAGCGUUAUGGAUUUUGACUUAAUAAGAAAUGGUAUGAAAAACAUUGUAAACAUAGUAUUUCCUCUACAUUGAUGAAACUUCAUAGGGUUGUGCAUGUCAAAUCCAGGGGCCAUAACAUGUACUGAGGAUUAUAUGGAGUUAAUAAACAUAAUUGUCUGAUGACCUUGAACACUAAGGUGAUGUUUUUAUGCCUAAUUCAUAUACAUAUUUUGAGAUGUGAUCGAAAGCCCUAAUACGCCGGAAAGUAUUAACUAACC